AUGAAGUCGCACGAGCGAUGGUCGCAUAGGUCUCUCUCUGUCUCUCUGGACACCAUCCCUGCGAUCCAGCGCAACGCCCAAACCAUCCAGCAGAUACCUCAUAACUCCUUCGUAAUAAUGGUUGCGUCCAACCCCGCCUUUGGCAAAAGCAUCAUCUCGCUCGUUCUGAGCGCUCACGCAAACGGCCUGCAUGGACACUACCACAGCCCGAGCAGCCCAUGGCUGCAGUAUUGGUGUAGGGGUCUGUCUAAUCGCAACUCGACGCAAAUGCACGGAUGA